CCUUUCUCUCUCUAUCUCUAUCUCUAUCUAUUUUCUCUAUUUGUCAUUAUCAUUCUCACUUCACUUUCUUUAUCUCUUACCUCUAAUACCUAAAAUUUUCUUCUGUAAUCACUAUCAGGGGCCAUGGAUUUCCAACCCAACACUUCAUUACAUCUAAGCUUACCAAACAAUAAUCAACUAAACCUAGAACUCGUACUCGAGCCGUCGUCGUCGUCGUCUUCGUCCCCUCAUAGUCCUGCAGAGCCAAGGAUUUUCUCAUGCAAUUAUUGCCAAAGAAAGUUUUAUAGCUCUCAAGCUCUUGGUGGCCAUCAAAAUGCUCAUAAGCUGGAGAGAACCUUGGCUAAGAAAAGUAGAGAGAUUAGCUCUUCUGUUAGAGCUCAUGGAGGUAAGUCCGGAUCAUCAUCUUCGUCUUCGAGCAUGGUUCGACACAGUGCUCAACCCGGGUUCGAGCCAUACGGUCAUCCGGCUAGGUUUGUUGAUUAUAAUUUUAGAGAUGGUUCGUCUUGGUCUAUGGGAUAUACGUCCGAAAUUGUUCAAGAUCAAGAGUUCAAUAACCAGCUUGACUUGUCUUUAAGACUUUGAAUUGCACUUGUUUGUAUUAAUUAUUAAUUAUUUUUGUUUUGA